AAUAAGGCGUACACUUCAGUGAUCCUUAAGAAGCACAACAAUAAGAGCACGCUGGCUGGUGCUUUCUAACUUCUCUUCAGUAAGAAACAUGUGACCUCAAGAUAAAAGCUUAGAGAGAAAUAGAUAAUUUACCCGUGAGAAUUACGAAAAAAGAAGCUUGUAUAGCAAGUGUAAACAAUUUAUAACUUUGGCAACAUUUGGUUCAACAUACGCAGUUAAGUCACCAUGCCUUGGUGGGAAAUGGCUGAUGCAUUAAUAAAAAAAAAUAAUCCUUGACACACUGACUUUCUUGGAUUAUCCUGGUUGGCUAACCCUCUGGGUUAAAAAGUUAAACAAAAUCUUAUCUUAUCUACGUUGAGCAAUGGGGAAAAUCAGAAUAAACAGAAAGGAAAAACCAUCCCAUCAUCUGCUUCAACAUGGAAAUGCAAAGAGACUAGUGAAAAACCCAGUAAAACAAGAAUACUCUACCAAGAUAAUGAAGAAAAUCUCCAAUAUUAAGCAGAAUUUUAAUGUUGAGACUCUGAAUGAUUUAAAAGGGAAUGAAAACUUGUCUUCAGACAUUCCAUCAAAACCUAAGAAGAAAAAAAAUAAAAAUAAAAACAAAAAUAAAUUUAUACAACUACAAGAUAAUGAAGUGUCCAGCACUACACCCUUAAUAAGUGACAAGGCUUCAAAAUCUUCAGCCUCUGCUGUGUCAUUGUCCUCUACUGCUCAAAAGAAACAGGUUGUAAAUUUGUCUCUUCUGUGGCUAAACUACAAGCCACGUUCUACCCCAUAUGUCAGAGCAGGAUCAGACUGGCACAUGCAACUUAUGACUGAAGAGCCAGAGACUUUGUCUACUGACUCAUAUACAAAACAAAAACUAAAGGAGUUAGCAGCUGAAAUUCUUAAGCAAGAUGUUAUUAACUACAACAGAGUUGAAGAGCAAGGAUCUAAAAUGCAGGAGGUGAAGUUCAGGAAGACAGUGUUGUCCCACGGCACCUCACGAGAUAAAAUAGCAGCGCUUGUCCUGAGGUGUAUGGAGGCUCCAGUUCACUCAUUAAGUCACCUCAAUUCUCUUAUUGCUAUGGUGACACCAAAAGCCAAUAGUGGAUAUGAAGAGGCAUUGAGUUCACUUACUGAGCUCUUUCAGUCAACCUUAUUGCCAAAUAAAAGAACUGCUAAGAAGUUUGAAGACCACAACUUUUCUUCUUUAUGUCCUUUUAUUGUAACAAAUCGUGAACUUGCAGAAAAACAACUGGCACUCUGGUACUUUGAAGAUCAGCUUGCAUUUGCCUAUCAGAAACUUGUGAAGCAGCUCACACAGGUUUCUCGUGACACGGUGGACAAGAUCAAAUUGAAAGGUAUAAGAAGUCUUGUAGAUUUGCUAAUUAAUAAUCCCAGUCAAGAAGCGGGCCUUAUUGUUGAGUCAGUUAUCAACAAAUUAGGUGAUCCAUCAAGGAAAGUUGCAGCACAGACUAUGUACUGGUUAAGAACUUUACUUCAGAUACAACCAGGACUGAAAUCACAAGUUACAGCUUCAGUUGAACUGAUGCUAUAUAGACCAAAUAUAAAUGAAAAAGCUCAGUAUUUCUGUCUUUGCUUUUUGAAAGACAUUAUUUUCUCUGAGGAUGAUCAUCAACUUGCUGCUGAACUUCUUAAACUAUAUUUUGGCUUUUUUAAAGCUUCCACUAAGAAGGGAGAGGUGAACACAAAACUUAUGAGUGCCUUACUACGUGGAAUCAACCGAGCCUUUCCAUACUCACGACUGGAGGGCAGUGCUUUAGAAGAACAGCUCAACACAUUAUAUAAGCUGUGUCAUCUUGUCAACUUUGCUAUAGCUACUCAAGCUCUUCAGUUAAUUUAUCAAGUAUUAAGCAGUAAACAACAUAUUUCUGAUAGGUUUUAUCAAGUGCUGUAUAAGCAACUACAAGAUCCAGCAUUUGGCUUUUCAUCAGCAAACUGUGCCUUUCUAAACUUGAUUUUCAAGGCAAUGGUACUUGAUGACUCUUUAAAAAGGAUAAAAGCUUUCAUAAAACGUUUGCUACAGACUAGCCAGUACCUGAGUUCGCACAUGGUCUGUGGCAUCUUGUAUCUUAUUUCGGAAGUAGUUGGAGAGAAACCAGAACUUAAGACUAUGAUACAGACAUUACACAAUAGCAGGGAUGAUGAUGAUGAUGGAUUAGAGGUCUUCUCAGAUGCAGAAGAUCCAGAUGAACUGGAAAUGAAUGAACAAAAAGAAGAAAUUUCUGAAAAUGGGAAUAAAGACUUAGCAAUAACAUCAAAAAAUAAUGAGGAAGGUUACAUUAAAGAAAGACUUGAAGAGAAUGAAGCCCAAGCCAAUCUUUCCAGACAUCCCUUCAAUAAACCUUCAUCAUUAUCAUCUUGGGUCCAUUGUUUGAAUGCUGGCCCAGCUACAGUCAAAUGCACAACUUAUGAUCCCUUCCAACGAAACCCUUUGCAUUGUGGUGCAGACUACAGUUCUCUCUGGGAGCUUCUUUAUCUCAAGGCACACUACCACCCAUCUGUGUCACUGUUUGCUACCAAACUCAUCACCGGUGAAAGUGUCAACUACUCUGGAGAUCCCUUGCAAGACUUCACUCUUAUGCGUUUCCUUGAUAGAUUUGUGUACAGAAAUCCCAAAAAAAUGGAUGGCCGAAUGGAUAGUGCUGGUGGACACAUACUAGGGAGACGGACUCAGUAUGUACCUCAUGGUGCUCGAGGGAUUGCAGUUAAUACUGAUGAAUUCAUUGCACUAGACCCAGAGAAAGUGCCAGAGGAUGACCAUUUCUUCUACAGAUACUUCACACAGAACAAGACAACAGUUAAGAAGGAGUUGGUAGAUGAGGAUGAUGAUAAUAGUGUUGAAGAUGAAGAAUUUGAUGAGUAUUUGAGCAGGGUCAGAGGAAUAAGUACCGGUGAUGACUUGGAUAUAGAUGAUGAUAUAGAUUUUGCUGCUGGAGCUUCAUCUGUUGCCAAAGGUACGUUAUUGUAGGUUUUUUAUUAUUGA